AUGAGGGACGCGAGACAGCACGACCGCUCCCACAUAACCAUCAACUAUUCGAACACAUUGAUCAAUAAUUCUGAACCUGAAGAGGAAUUCACCAAUCCAGACAUGUUGGAGAAAUGUCGCUACUGCGGUUGUGCGGACGCUAAGUCGCUCAAACAAUGUCUCUUUUGUGGAUCCGUUGCGUAUUGUAGCGAUGAGCACCAGCAGUUUGAUUGGAAACGCCACAAGCCAAUAUGCAAGCAGACUCAAGCAGAAAUGCAACGACGGAAGGUCUCAGUUACUCCACUGUCCUUCACCACGCACACUCAAACUGAGACGAUUGUUUGCACGUCUUCGUCAAGCCCUGAUCCUAGUCCUCCGUGCAGUGAAGCUUCUGUGUCGUUCGGUAACGGAUUGACAUCUCCGAGGGCUUCAACUUCGGCCACAUCUUCCGAGGAGCGGUUAAUUCCCACCGACGAUCCUGACAUACAGAUAAUCGAAGGUCCUCCAAAUCGAGUUUCUGCUGGAGUGCUUGGUCGUUGCAGGAAACGACCAACUCCUUCGAAUUCGAUUGUUUUCAAGGAUCAUCUCAAGAAUUUAGUGUACAAUACAACACUAUUGGACCACCAAAACAUGAUGAAAAAGCGAGGAUUGACAUUGAACAUCCAUCAAACACUUGUUUUGCGGCUAAGAUAUAUAGCUGAGUACGUUGUUCGCAGUCUCAAUGAGUUUGGUUGGGCCGUUGUCGAUAAUUUCCUCGGCGAUGAACACUGUCGAUUCACGUACAAGGAAAUCAAGUGUUUAUACGAUCGAGGGUUGUUCAGUGCCGGUCAAUUGAUGGAUGGUAAGAAUAAGGACGAAUACCACGUGAAAGACAUCCGAUCAGAUCAGAUCUAUUGGUUCGAUGGUUGUGAUCCACGUGCAAACGAUGCAGCUACUGUGCGUUUGCUCGUAUCGAUGAUCGACAGUGUCAUUCAACAUUUCAAAGGACGACUUCCUCCCUACGAUAUUAGCGGACGUUCAAGAGCAAUGCUUGCCAUUUAUCCUGGAAACGGCACCAGAUAUGUGAAACAUGUCGACAAUCCUGUGAAAGAUGGGCGAUGCAUCACCACUAUUUAUUACUGUAAUCAGGAUUGGGACAUCAAUAAAGAUGGUGGAACACUACGCCUGUAUCCGGAAUCAUCUAUAAUACCUAUGGACAUUGACCCAAAGGCUGAUCGCCUCGUAUUUUUCUGGUCAGAUCGACGCAAUCCGCACGAGGUUAUGCCUGUAUUCAGGCCACGGUUCGCCGUUACUAUCUGGUAUAUGGAUCGAGAAGAACGGCGGAGAGCUAUUGAACAACAAUCAAAGGAAAGGGAUGAAGAUGAACCAGCACAGAAGACGGCUACGCAUGAGCCGAUCCAGCGAAUAGUAAAAGAAGAGGGGCGAGUUCUUCCCGGCUCAUCUUCCGAGCCUGUGCUGGCUAAACUCGCUCACACCGAAGAAGUUGAAGCCGGAGCUCCGUGUAACAGCAAAUCCAUUGCUCCUGGAGCAUGCGCUGUCAUCACUACGCCAGGUGCUAUUAGAAACACAUCUGUUCCCAGAACGUCAAGUCUUUAUUCGCUCGAUGAAGACGACGAGAAACCACUGGCAAAAGUUCAUCCUCCGGAUUUCCAGAUCUAG